UAACAAAGCGCGUGAGAUGUGCCAGUCUACGGCAGUGCGUGGGAACAGCAGAAGGUAGUAGGAUACCUGCACUGAGCCGUGGCGUCCAGUUCCGUGUCUAAGUGCCUGAGAGAGGCAGCUUGCUCCCCGAUUAACCUUGUUUCUGCGUUACGGUGUCGGCCAGCUGUGAUCUGUUCCAGGUUGAGCUUCUGAAAGGAUGAGCCGGUUUCUGAACGUGCUGCGCAGUUGGCUGGUGAUGGUGUCUGUUAUUGCCAUGGGCAAUACCAUGCAGAGUUUUCGGGAUCACAGCUUCCUCUCUGAGAAGCUCUACACUGGGACACCAGAGUUUGUGAACGGACUUCAAGCACGAACCUUCGGCAUCUGGACCCUGCUGUCGUCGAUCAUCCGUUGUGCCUGUGCCUUCGACAUCCAGAACAGAACGCUGUAUCACAUCACACUGUGGACCUUCGUAUUGGCCCUGGGCCACUUCCUGUCAGAGGCCUUCAUUUACAAGACCGCCCCCCUGACGAUCGGUAUCAUGGCGCCUCUCAUCGUCGCAAGUUUCUCCAUCGUGGGCAUGCUGAUUGGCUUCCAGUGUAUCGCCGAGCCCCAGGAAGUGGUCGGGGCGCGACAGAAGAAGCGGAACUGAGCGCGUGGAGUUGCGGGGGAGUCACGCGGACCCUGACCCAAUGAGCAGGGACUGCCAGGACUCGUUCCAGAAGGCACCUGCAUGAGCCUGCUCCAGCCCUGCCCCAACUCGCCCUUCCGAGCCCCCCCCCCCCCCCCCCCAUCACUACGCUACGGGUUCCCGUUUUUAUAUGGUCAUGAUUGCGCUCUACAGAACGCUGUACUUUUUUAGUAUUCUAAUGGAGAUGCAUUAAUGUUUUACACUUAAGUUGGAUGGAUGGUUUAGCUCCCGAAUAGUGAACACAUUUGCUCAGUUACAUGCUUUGUACAUGAGAAAUUGGUGUCCCCCCCCCUCCCCCCUUCUGGACUAAGUGCAGAUUUCUGUAGAUUUUAAUGAAGCCCAAAUCUUAAGUGUCAGUGUCCAUUUGGGACAUUGGAUUACGGUACCAGUACUUGACCCUCUUGGUGCCUUCUCAAACUGAGGCAGCCCGGUCAGGCACCUGACCAUAGGAGAAACCGCUGCAUAAGGAGAUCAGCCGUUGAUCAAUUAAUCAGCUGAUUCAUUACCCUUUUCCCUUUUAGCAUCGUUUGAUUCAUUAAUUUAAUUGGUCCAGUUGUUGCGAAAUCUCUCUCCUUGAAUUCAGAUUUGGACUUGCCCAACAUUAAAAUAAUUCAAGUGAUUGGGAUCGAUCGGCCAAGUCAGGUGGAAUAUAUUUGAUAGCUGGGACAGCGGGGGAGUGGGUGGGGGCGGUUGGGGUUGAUGGUCAAUCCAAACUGGAGUGGUUACACCAUGCGCAUGUGUGUUACAUUACUAGCCAUGCCGGGGUCACCCGCAGCGCAGGCAAGACAUCAAGCCAGUUCUGUAAUGACAGAAAUCAAAAAGAACGUUCCUCAUCGGGUUUUCUGUAAAUGUACUGGUGAAAAGUAAACAAUGAAUCUUUUCAAGAAUGACUGGAAAGCAGCUUUGUGACUUUAAGUCUUUACUUUGAGGGGAGAAACAUAGUGGAUGACUUUUUAAUUUCAUGUACAGCUAAGAAUUAUAAUAAAAUUACACCAAACUGA